AUGGCGGCCUACCUCCCCCUCGCCGUCCUCGUGGCCCUCCUCGCCGCCACCGGAGCCAGCGCCCACGGCUACAGCCAGACCCCCUCGCCGACGCCCGCCACGCCGGCACCGGCUGCCAAGUGCGACAAGGUGAUGCUCAAGGUGGAGGGCGUGGUGUACUGCCAGAGCUGCACGCACCGGAACUCCUGGUGCCUGGACGGCGCGACGCCGCUGCCGGGGGCGAAGGUGACGGUCACCUGCCGCGACGCCAAGAACCGCGUCAUGGAGUCGCGGACGCCCGUCGCCGACGGCAAUGGCUACUUCCUCGCCGACUUCAACGUCACCGAGAAGGCCGACUACUACAUGGGGGACCCCGCCAAGGCCUGCUUCGUGCGCCUGCUCGCGUCGCCGGACCGCAAGUGCGACGACCUCACCAACGUCAACUACGGCAUCGAGGGCGCGCCACUCCGCCACGAGGGCAAGCGGUGGUCCGGCCAGGGGUACGAGAAUGUCGUGUACGCCGCCGGCCCGCUCUCCUUCAAGCCGGACACCUGUGCGCCCAGGGGCCACUACUGA